AUGCCUGGCUCAGCCUCCUCGUCGUGGGCGCUGUAUCGUGCUCGCCUCUCUACCCUCCUCCGCCAAGCUGACACGCAGGUCAUCAUUGCCUUUUGGCUUCUCGGGCUCAUCAAUAAUGUUCUCUACGUGAUCAUCCUCUCCGCGGCCCAGGACCUCGUCGGUUCCAAUGUACCGAAAGGCGUCGUGCUCCUUGCCGACGUGCUCCCCUCCUUCCUCACGAAACUGAUCGCUCCCUACUUCAUACAUCGCGUGCCAUACUCCCUGCGCGUUCUCGUCUUUAUCGGUCUCUCCGGCGCCGGCAUGCUGCUCCUCGCCCUGACGCCGCCCUCGAAAUCCGUCCCUGUCAAGAUGGCCGGCGUCAUCCUCGCUUCUCUCAGCUCGGGCGGUGGCGAGCUGAGCUUCCUCGGCCUGACACACUACUACGGACCCAUGAGCCUCGCCGGCUGGGGCAGCGGCACUGGUGCCGCGGGCCUCGUGGGCGCAGGACUAUACGUUGCCAUGACGGACUGGUGGGGGUUUGGCGUCCAGAAUACCCUGCUGUUCAGUGCGUGCCUCCCCGCCGUCAUGUUCUUCAGCUUCUUCGUCGUGUUGCCCAAGGGGCCUCUCCGACAGAACGCCAAGGACAAGAAUUACACGGCAGUGCCGGACGAGGACCUCGACGACGAUGACCUGGAGGACAUACCACAGGGGGCUGCGUCGUCCGCUCUUCUCGCUCCGGGACCCGCCUCCACGGCCGCCGCGUACUCUUCCCAUGAGGGCACGGCGGCAGCGUCGACGUCUCUCAAGGCCAACCUGCGCCGGGCCAAGAAGCUCUUCGUUCCUUACAUGCUGCCGCUUCUCCUCGUGUACAUUGCCGAGUACACCAUCAACCAGGGCGUCGCACCCACGUUGCUGUUCCCUCUCGCCGGCACGCCGUUCAAGGCGUUCCGUGAGUUCUACCCCAUGUACGGCUUUCUCUACCAGCUCGGCGUCUUCAUCUCGCGGUCUUCGAUCCCAUUCAUCCGCAUCCACCACCUGUAUGUCCCAUCGUUCUUGCAGAUCGGCAACCUGGGAUUCCUGACGGCGCACGCUGUCCUCAACUUCAUCCCCACCGUGUAUCUCGUGUUCAUCAUCAUCUUCUGGGAGGGUCUCCUCGGUGGCGCCGUCUACGUGAACACGUUUGCCGAAAUCAUGGACACGGUGCCGAGCGAGGAGCGGGAGUUCAGCCUCAGCGCCACGAGCGUCAGUGACAGUGGCGGCAUCUGCAUAGCAGGGCUGCUGAGCAUCUUCGUCGAGGUGCGUUUGUGCGACUGGCAGGUGUCGCAGGGGCGGGACUGGUGCAAGAAGAUCAAGAUUGGGUGA